AUGGGAAUUUCUCAAUUUUAUAAAACUCUUGCAUCUCUUUUCGGAGAAUCCUAUGUUACCGUCAAGGAGAGGUUGAGGAAUAAUAGAAAAUCAAAAUCUAUUCCGUCAUGGGAUACUUAUGAUAACAUUUAUUUUGAUUUCAAUACAUUGCUCUAUAAAGCAACACAUGGCUCAAAGAAAAUAAUGAAAUUAAAAAAGAAGCAUGAAUUGUUGAGUAAAUCCUCGACGAGCAUUGAAUUCGAGGAUGAAGAAGGAAAUGUUGAAGAAAUUCAAAUUGAGGACGAAGAACUCAUUUCAACGGAUCAACAAUCGGAAAUACCAAUUGAGACUAAAAUGGUGUUUAAUACUGUAGUUUUGGAUCAAGUGAUGCGAUAUUUAAAUCAUUUUCAUAUGCGAGAAUCAAUUUUUAUAGCAAUUGACGGACCUGCACCUAGAAGCAAAUUACUUACUCAAAAAUCCAGACGAUAUCUAAGUUCACCAACAACAAAUGCAGGAAAUACUUUUGUUUCGUUUUUGAAUAUUUCAGAGUAUGAUGAAACUGUUCAACUCACACCCGUGCAAAAGAUUUAUCUAGAUUUGAUUCAGAAAAAUGUUAUCCACGAGAGAAAAGAAAAAAAGGCAAUAAGCUCCACCUGGUUUGUCCCUGGAACUAUAUUUAUGGAAGACACAUAUCUAUUGUUGGGUCAUUUAGGAGCUAUACUGCUAGGAUCAGGAAAAUUUGAGUCAAAACAUUCGAAAGGUCUCACGUUCUAUUUGUCACCUGCUGAAAGAGAAGGUGAGGGUGAAUUCAAAAUUAUAGAACACAUUUACGCUACAAACACAAAAGAAAGACAUCCUAAAAGAGAUUUGAUCAUAUCAGGAGAUUCAGAUUUUGUACUGUUUGCUCUUAAUUUACCACCUCACAGGCAUGUGACACUCGUGAAAGACAUGCCAAGUACCUAUCAUUUAUACGAUAUUACCAAGCUAAAGAACAUUAUUGCUACACAAUGUAACACAACCUCUGACCAAGAACUUUCAAGGGUAAUUAAGGAUAUUACAUUCUUAUCCAUGCUUAGUGGUAACGAUUAUAUUUCAAGGCUUAAACGCUACGAACCGAAGCAAUACUUGGAUGAAUACAUUUACAUUCAACAGAAUCACAAAGAAAGAGAACGGCAAUUUCUAAUUGAUUUUGACGUGGAAAAUCCACAUCAUAUGAAAAUUAAUAUUCCCUUUCUUUUGAAACUUCAUUAUGGUGUCAAAAAGGCAGAAGACCCAAGCAAAAAACAGAAAACACCUGACGUCAUUGCACUUGAUGUGUCUGAAAAUAGCAUCCAUAACAUUCCCGUCAAGCAUGUGUUAUCCUUUUUACUGACACUUUUGAACAUGGGACAAGCAGUUGAGGAAUAUGAAAUCAUUGAACCUGCAAUCCACAAAUUAACACUCAGAGUGGGAGAGUCUGUUUUAGUGAAGAGUGAGGGAUCAAGUAAGACCGAGGCAUUUAAGAAUGCAUGCAAGAAAAUUUUCUUCUCACACGAGUAUGGAGACUUGUAUGAGCAAGUGAAAGCGAGAAUCCACCAUUUUGAUACCAAAGAAAAAUUUAAUCAAUUUCUUUCCUUCUUCUUUGAAGAGCAAGUAGAAAAGCAUCUCUCUGCGAUGAAAAAAGUGAAAUUAAGAGUAUACGAAGAUGAAUCUACAUCUCAUAUUGUGAUUGAUUAUCUCGCCAUGUGCACAUGGUUUAUGAGUUAUAUUCAUGGAAAGUGUCUUGGAUUUAAUCAAUAUUACAAAUCUCAAAACAUUCCUUACAUGAAUGAUGUGAUAGAUUUAGCAACAAAGGAAUUGGAAAAAGGAAACACAAGUCUCACUAUAACAGUACCAAAAACUGAUGAUUUUAUUUUGUCGCCUUUGGAGUGCUGUGUGUCUUCGUGUGUGUCUUACAAAAACAAACAUAUUGUACCUAUCCAGGAAGUAAGAGAAGUUCUAGAAAACUCUCCUGUGCGAUAUUUGUUUGACAUUAAGGAAGAUUUUUUCCAUGUUCUUGGAGAUUGGACAAAGGAGGACACUCUGAGUAAGAUUAGAGAAGCAAUUAAUGAAAAAUUGCAACAAGUUCCCAACAAGCAUGACUAUUCUCACCUUCUUGAGGCGCAACCAACGAUCAAAAUGACUCUAGAUCUCAACAAUGCUCAUCAUCAUUUGGUAUCGAUGCCUGCCUCAACCAUUUUGCCAUCCUACAGCCAAUACAACAUGAAUGACCACAUUGUGCCUUGUUUGAAGCAUAUCAAAGUACAAGCAGAAGCCUCAAAGCCACACCAAUCUUAUGUUGACAGCUAUGCAUUCCAGGAACUGCUAUUGAAGCGAACCAAUAGAAGCAAAUUGCUAGAGAAAGGACAGCAAAUUAGAAAAUUUCACACUUUGCUUAGACGAUUCAUCAAAUAA